UCCCGCCCCGAACCGGGUCUCUUUCUGACUUUCUGCAGAGGAAGCAGUGAGAUUUUUAAAGUGCGUAUUACAGUAUGUCAGGUCAGUGUGUAUCUGCUACACAGCGAGCGAUCUGCAGAUGUCGGUUAUAGAGACAGACAGACAGACAGACAUACAGACAGACAGACAGACGGUAUUAACCGGAAAGUGAGAAGAAUCUGAUCAGACAUAAACGCAGAGAUGGGAAACCUUCCGAAAGCCUGGACGCUGAAAAAUGAAGAAAUAAGGAUUUCACAUAACGCAUCUGGUCUGUAACACAGCAAGCUUUAAUGUGAUUAGUCUUCUGCUCGCAGAUGAUCAUUAAUAAAAGGAAAUAAAGUCGGGAUUAAGAAGCGCGCGCGUCCGUAUGUAUCUGACCCUCAAGUCGCCUUCAGCAAACUCUUUACUGCACUGAUCUAAUGAUGAGCGUUAUAAUGCCUGGCAUGUGUUAUAGCAUUGUGUUUAGGAUAUUUGUAAAGGCAAAUCUAAUGAAAAUUAUGUUAUAACAAUAACAUUAUUAUUAUUAUUAUUAUUAUUAUUAUUAUUAUUAUUAUUAUUAUUAUUAUGAUGAUGAUGAUGAUGCUACGAUUUAAAACUGCGCGUAUCUUAAAACAUCCUUUUAGACUUAAGACAUCAACACAAUGACGUCAUAGACAUCUAUUUUACACUCAUAUUCACACACACACACACACACACACACACACACACACACACACACACACACACACACACACACAAGUAUUUACAGUUUACACAUCACGCACGGGUGUAUAGAAUUUUGUGCGUGCACAAGGUCGAGAAUGCCGGAUUGCGUCAGUGUCGGUGGUCGUUACUGCAGGUGCUUGGUGACGGCGCACGAGCUCGGACCUGAUCAGCGCUUAUAACUGUUAUAACGGGACACCGGAAAUGGACGGGGCGGCAGCGAGCCACUCCACCGAGCCGCAUGUGUUAAAGCCGGACUCUAAAGCUACCAACCGAAAAGACAGCCGCGGUGACACGGAGCCUGCCGCAGCACGAGGAGGGGCGAGCGAGCUGAGCGCGAGCCUCCAGCAGCAACCGACAGAUUGCCGGAAUUCGUCCAGGCGCAGGUUCAUCCGCACCAACCUGUGGUUCUCGGAGUCGGAGGAUCACGGUUUGGAGACGCCGGAAUGCGGCGACAGCAUCAGCACCGGGUUCAUCCGUCCUGUCGCGAACGCGCGCAGAAAUCGGUACCGAAAGAGCUCGAGCGCAGGGAAUCCGGUAAGGACCGAAAGCCGCACCGAUGCACAGGGACAGAAAAGCGAGGCCGAGCAAAAGGAAGAACCUGCUACAGCGAGCACUGCCGGUAAGGACGAGCACGGGCACACGGAGGAGGAAGAGGAUGAAGAAGAGGAAGCCGGGAUGACGGCAGUCAGCACUUCUCCCAGUGGCCGCUUCCUCAAGUUCGACGUGGAGCUCGGGAGAGGCUCGUUUAAGACCGUGUAUAAGGGCCUGGACACAGAGACAUGGGUGGAGGUGGCGUGGUGUGAACUUCAGGACCGCAAGCUAUCUAAAUUGGACCGUCAGAGGUUUAAGGAGGAGGCGGAGAUGCUGAAGGGCCUCCAGCACCCCAACAUUGUCCGUUUCUAUGAUUUUUGGGAGUGUCCUGUCAAAGGAAAGAAGUGCAUUGUCUUGGUUACUGAACUAAUGACUUCAGGCACUUUAAAAACGUACUUGAAGCGUUUCAAGGUGAUGAAGCCGAAGGUGCUGCGUAGCUGGUGCCGGCAGAUCCUCAAGGGUCUUCACUUUCUGCACACUCGCACACCUCCCAUUAUCCACCGAGACUUGAAGUGCGACAACAUCUUCAUCACAGGCCCCACAGGCUCAGUUAAGAUUGGGGAUCUGGGCCUGGCCACACUCAAGAGGGCCUCCUUUGCCACAAGUGUCAUUGGUACUCCAGAAUUCAUGGCUCCUGAGAUGUAUGAAGAGCACUACGAUGAGGCUGUAGACGUCUAUGCCUUUGGCAUGUGCAUGCUGGAGAUGGCCACGUCCGAGUAUCCGUACUCCGAGUGCCAGAACGCUGCUCAGAUCUACCGCAAAGUCACCAGUGGUGUCAAGCCAGCCAGUUACAGUAAGGUCACCGUCCCAGAGAUUAAAGAGAUCAUAGGGGAAUGUAUCCGCUAUCACUGGGAAGAGAGAUACUCCAUCAAGGACCUGCUGAAUCAUGCCUUCUUUGCAGAGGACACUGGCGUCAGGGUAGAACUCGCAGAGGAAGACGAUGGAAAGAAAACGUCGAUCGCACUCAGGCUUUGGGUGGAGGACCAGAAAAAGUUGAAAGGGAAGUACAAGGACAGCGGUGCAAUCGAGUUCACCUUUGACCUCAACAAAGAGGUGCCAGAGGCAGUUGCGCAAGAAAUGGUUGACUCAGGUUUUUUCCUGGAGACUGACAUGAAGAUUGUUGGCAAGUCAAUCCGGGACCGUGUAGCACUCAUAAAGUGGCGUAGGGAGAGGACCAUCUCGAGGGGCAAGGACGAGACUGAAAAGGUCACUAAGGACCAUGAACAGAAUGUGCCUCAGGAUCCCUCUCUUAAGUUGACACAGAGUACCAUGCCCGAUGCUCGAACAGAGCCUGGGGAUCACGACAGUGAGUCAGUCAACCUCUCUAGCGGUCCCACCAGUUCAACUACAUCAGACAGCAUUGCAUGCCCUGCAGCAGUCUCAGAUGCUUUGAGCAACCAGCAAAGCAUAAUUUACCAGUCCUCAUCAGAGCCCUUCACCACUUCCCAGAAGGUCCUCAGUCCACCAUCACAGCUCCUUUCUGAGUUACUUCAUAUGACUCAACCACAACUAACAACUCAGCUUCAUCAGGAGGUCCAAAACCAGAUCGCUGCUCACCUGCAUUCAACACAACAAUUACCUAUGGCACAGUAUAAGCAAGAGAUCAUACAACUAGUGGAUCCACAGGAUCCCACUCCCCAACUGCAACAGCCCAUUGCCCAGUUACAUCAAGAAGUCCAACAGCAACCUACUAUACAUCUCCACCAUGGAGAACAGCAAAAGCAACCUGCUUGCCAGUUACUCCAGGGGAUCCAGCCACAAGUUAUGCAGCAAACCCCCACAGUGCAGCAUCAACAUGUGUCCCAUCAGCAACCUUCAGCACAGUGCCAUCAGGAGACUCAAUCACAAACCGUAGCACAACUAUAUCAAGGAACUUUUCAGCAACCCACUACUUCAAUACAUCAAGGGGCCUUCCUGCAGCCCUCUGUACAGAUCAAGCAGAGCCUUUACCAGCAGCCACAUCCACAUCAGACUAUAUCAGCCCCGGCAACCCCUGCACCACAAGGACAGGAGUUUCACCUCUAUCUCCAUCCUGCAGCUUUCCUGUCCCAGACAUUAGCAAAUCUACAGCCAGUUAUGGAGUCAACAUCUGAUGGACAGACCCAUCCUCAGAAUCUGCAUCAUCCUAUGCUCAGCACCGCACCGCAGUCUCAGCCACAGCAACCCUUACUUCAGCCUCUUCAGAUUUCGGCUCAAUUCUCUUCACCUUACUCCGUUAUGUCAACAAUGGGCACUCCUGCCAGAAGUGAGGCAGUUACAAUUUCUUCCAUGCCAUACAACACCCCCUACCCUAAUAGUGCUCCUCCAGUACCUCCAUCUUACUACUCUCCCAGUCCGGUCCAUGUCCCACUACCUCUUGCAGGUACACAGAACAUGCCCUCCAUACCAGGAGCAGGUACACCCCAAACCCCAGUGUCUGCUCCUCUGGGAACAAUCCUGGGUAUAGCUCUUUCUCCUUCCCUUAUACCACCACUACAGCAGGUGUAUCCUUCUGCUCUUCCACCAGAGGCCUCUCUCCUUCAACCCCAACCCACCCUGUCAUCUAUGCCCAUUUCUCAUACAUUGCAGCAGCCACCGUCCGCCUUUCCUCCACAAGAGCCCUGCAUCUCUGCACCACCUGCACAGGAUGAAACUCUGGUACAUGCACAUGCAGAAACAUCACACAUCAAGGUUCUUCCACACAGAGAGGAACCUGAGCAAGAAUUUACUGCGGCCACUUUUGGUGAAAGUUGCACUCAACCAAGCAAUACUCAGCAGAUCCAGGAGACAGCAUCUGUGUUUAUUACUGCAUCUGACCCAAGCCAUGAGGAUCCAGUACCGUUGCCGCUCCCCAUCUAUACAUGUGACAGUUUAAAUUCAGAUGCAGCUUCGGGUAAAGAGAUGAGUGAUAGCUAUGAUGGAACCAUGACUGGAGGGAAAGGUGAUGGGAAACCCCGAAAACACCAUCGUAAGUCUGCUCGUACCCGCUCACGACAAGAGAAGACCAGCAAACCCAAACUCAGCAUUCUCAACGUUUGUGAUACAGGUGAUAAAAUGGUGGAAUGCCAGCUAGACACCCAUAACCACAAAAUGGUGACAUUCAAGUUUGAUUUGGAUGGUGACGCACCAGAGGAAAUAGCAACUUAUAUGGUGGACAAUGGCUUCAUUCUGCCCAUGGAGAAAGAGAUCUUUAUUGAUCAGCUAAAAGACAUCGUGGACAAGGCUGAGGACAUGUUGAGUGAGGAGGCAGAGGGGGAGAGACCAAGUGCACUGAGGGAUACGACACUUCAAGGCAGCUGCCCUGGAGGAACGGGGGAUGAGGUUAUGCAGAAUUUGAAAGGACUGAAGGAUGCCACCCCUCAGCCUGUCUAUCAGCAGAAUGUGCUUCAUACCGGUAAGAGAUGGUUCAUAAUCUGCCCUGUGGAUGAGCCGAGCGUUAGCCAGGACGUGUCCUCAGAGGGCGCGACGGCUACACCACAUACAAGCGGACUGAGCGAUGGCACUGGUCCAAGUCAGGCUGCUGACAGCAGCACAGCACAGCCAGUGGAGCACUGCACUGCACCGGCGUCUACAGAUUCAACAGGUUAUGCCACUGCUCCUCCAUCUGGUGGCAGUGAUGCUCAUGGAUUCAGUCCACUGUCUCUAAAUACCGUGGACCCUUUAUCCUUGGUUCCACUCUCUGCCAACCUGCCGGCACAGUCUUGCAGUGGCUCAAUUACACCAAUCCAUGCUGCCCAGCAGGUUGUAGAUCUGGCUUGUGCUGCAACCAGAGCUGAAGACCUGCCCUGCUGCCCGCUAGUUAUGCCAUUAGCACUGGAUAUGGCUACGAGUCCUCAGCGCUCCUCACCAGCGACCCCUCCCCUCAUGCAAGACACUCAUAGCAUUGUUUUGCAGCAGCCAUUUGCAUCUGUGGGUGGUGCCAAGCCCCCAUCAAUGCCCCAGAGCCCUGCCACCUCACAGCACCAUCAUGCUCCGAACGAAUCCGACGGGGAAGGUCGGGCUCGGGUGGGGUUUGUAGACAGCACCAUCAAGACACUGGAUGAGAAGUUGAGAAAUCUACUGUAUCAGGAAUAUGUGCCCAUGUACCCAUCCGGCUGUGCAGCAGAGACUCCAGGAUCAGGCACUGAGUAUGUGCAGUCUCCACCUGGACCAGAGAGCGCAGGAGGGGGAUCGGGUAACAACACGCCCCAAAUCAUCGGAGACGGACGCAUCAGAACUGGGGAGCAACUGCCACAGAUUCCAGAGCGAGUAGACAGUCUUAGCACGCGCAGUGACUCUGCUGUUGCUGUUACAGUGUCAAAGAAACCGAUAAUGCCUCACUCCACGUCCUGCUCAAGCUCCAGGAGUCGCUAUAAGAUGACAGCUGGUGCUCCUGACUUCCUUUCUGGGACCCGGAGGAAGCAGCGGAGUUGGAGCAGCACGGCUUCUCCAGCACACCCUGGUGCCUGUUAUGGGGAGCGCAGCGUUUACGCUGAGCCAAAUGCGACCUUCAGUACAGGGGACAAUGUCUCCAUAGGCAAGAAGCACAGCAGCAGGAAUUCAGCUCCUCCUGAUUUCUGCCUGGACCCUCUGUCCUCCCUCAGCGAGCCCAGCUCCCUUCCGCAGGCACGUACAUCUGUCUCAGCAGAUGUCCACACUUUAUUCAUGUCUUCUGACUCAGGGGCAGAGAGCAGCCCAGCCAAAAUGGUGCCUCCUACACCAUCUCGUUCAGAGAGGAGAGGAAGCGACCUCAUGAGGAGGGCAGUGGCCUUCUUGAGGCGCUCGGGCCGCAGCAGCAGUGUGCAGAGCUCUGACUCCCCCAGUAGACAUGGUGGAACCUAUGGCUCAUACAUGAGCAGUGAUAAUGACUCUGAGAUGGAGGACUUAGACGUUAAAAGUGAACUGCACAGACUGCGGGAAAAACACAUGAAGGAGAUUUCAGAGCUGCAGGCUCACCAGCGUGGGGAAAUUGAGCUGUUGUAUCGAAGGCUUGGUAAAGCACCGCCUCCUGGCCUCAUUCCCACAUCAACAGUGCCCCCUGCUGGACGCAGACGCAGAGCCAGCAAGCAUAAACUCAGAGCAAGCAAACUGCUCAGCCCUCUGGUCCAGCAGAUCAGAAGUGUCACCAAAACGAGUGACAGCAGCAAACCCGCUGAGCCUGCUGUGAGUGUGAACGGCUCUCCGGCCAGGGCCUCGGAGGGGUUUGCUAUCCGGUCUCGUUCAGGGACCGACACUUUACCCAGUUCUGAACCAGUCCAGACCCAGCAACCCUGCUCCCUCAAGGCUUCAGUGUCAUCUGACAAUGUCUGUUCUGGACUGCAGGGAGAGGGAGCAGGAGUGCACAGACAGCCAGGACCGGGCUGGUCUCCUUAUCACCCAGCGACCGAGAGGGUCACUUACAAAUCCAGCAGUAAACCUCGUGCUAGAUUCCUGAGUGGGCCUGUUUCUCUCUCCAUCUGGUCGACACUGAAACGUCUCUGCCUGGGUAAAGAACGUGGAAACAGCGUCUAUGAUUUUCUAGGGCCUGCAGGUCCGCCUGGGGCGUGUAAUCAUCCCCAGGUGCCCCCAGGUUCAACUCCCUCACCACGCCACCCAGCAAUGGGGCUAGCACAAGCACAAAGCAACAACAGCAACAACAACAAUGACCUGUGUCCUGAGGAGCUACAGAAGCUGUUGGGCACAUGGAGUCCCAAACAGCCUUGUUUGUUCACCCGCUCUUUCCACCUGAGAGCACAGAGAGCCACCAGAGCUAGAACCAGGAGUGCAGAAGGGGUACUUCCAGGCUCAGCAGCAGUUACAUCAUUGCUUUCUCUAUCAUGGCCCAGGAUUAAUUCUCACACCUCUGAGAUGACAGAGCCCUUGCUGUCCCUACAGGAUGGGUUGUCUGUCCACGACAACCAUUUUGCUGAAUUUCUAGGUACCUCGGUGUACGUUACUCACUGGCCUGCACAGAGUACGGGUCCUGAUCAGGGAGGAUUUAUGUUCUCCACUGUGGCUUCAUCCUGGACCAGACGCUCAUCUCCACUAGAGCCUUCGCUAUCUCGAAACAGGACUCCUAGGCUUACGUCCCCCAUGCUGUAGAAUCAGUGAAUAUUCUUUAAAGAGUCAUUACAGUAUGGUAUCUUGUAUGACUUUAGCAGUAUCUCUUAAAGCAUGCACCACCUUACGUAUAUCUUUCUGGCCCGUACUUUGUAAAUAUCGACGCUAAUGAUAUGUGUAUGAACAUUAGCCAAAUAGCAGAGUAAGAAUAUGUCCAGGAUUUAUCUAUAAUGUAUUUUUUACAUAUAUUGCUCAUAUCAUCCUCAACAAUACACAGACACUGUAUAAGCACAUUGAAAUUUAUCUUUGUUCAUUAAAUUUAGCGCAUUCGCUGCCUCACUGUGACACAUCGAGAGCAUCGAGACACAUCGAGUCCUUCAGUAAUGCUAAGUGCAUACAAUACCAAGGAUUCUGGUCUAGUUCAUAUGUUAAUUAGAAAUGACUUGUCACUUGACACAGAGAAAGCUUUGGACUGACUGAUAAUUGAAGGUGGAGUUUACACAAGUGCCUCCAACAGCAGUUUUGAAGCCACUGGAAACGGCAAAUUAAUUAAGAAAACCGAAGGCGUAUCGAGAGUAUGUUACAAAAGUGUAAAAAAAAAAAAGGUUAUUUUCCAUGUAAAACAAUUCAGGAAUAUGUACACUGUGCUCAGUACAUGCAAAAUUAUUAACAAAUAAUUAACCCAAACAUUUGUCUCAUUUUCAUUUCAUAAGCAAGAAUCUGUGAUGGAUCAAAGAACGUUUUAAAUCACGUUGAUGUUAGACAAGAGAACGUACCAGAUAGCAGACUUCUCACAGGAAAAUACACACAAAUACACACACAGCUAACACACACACACACACACACACACACACACACACACACACACACACACACACACACACACACACACUGAGACGUUUGCUAGUCAUCUCGGUUUGGGGUCUGGUGCUAUGUUCUGUACCUCUCACUGAAUGAGGUGAUGAGUUUAAAUGUCUAGCACACGGAGUUAAAAGCUUCAAAGCUAAAGGAACAAAAUAGAGAAGUGUGCAAGAGUGUGAAAGGUGAUGUACUGUAUCUAUUAAUAUGUAUCUACACUGACAUAGGAGACAGAUUAUCUCUGCACACUACAUCUAAUAGGACACUGUGUUAAUGCAAAGUAUGGACCUUGUGUGUGUGUGUGUGUGUGUGUGUGUGUGUGUGUGUGUGUGUGUGUGUGUUCAGUCUUGACAUGCUUUUUGUUUUCUAUCCGAAUAGAAAUAAUGGUCAUAUUAUCUAUCAUCAGCUUUGUGUAAAACAUGCCUUACUCUACACAAUCACUCAAAAACUGUUUACUUGUAAAUGUAUAAUAAUACAUUUAUUAAUAAAAAGUUCCAUAAUACAAUAAUGUGAAAGAAGUAAACACAUGUAUAAUUGUACAGUGUAUAGUUAAUAGGCAAUAAUUUUAACCAGCUUUUUCAUAUUUUCCGCUGUUGUAUCUUAGCUAUGCAAAAAAUGUCCACCAACUUAACGCGUUACUGCCGUGAGAUUCUUCGCUUGUACUUUGCUUGCACUAAAACUCUACUGUGCUCAUCAUGUCCUGUUCUUCCUGUGUUUACAGACUAUGGCUAAGUCUGAACACUGUACACAAGAGUAAAGAUAUUCGAUCUUUAUAAAUGUUUACCUGUAAUUCUUUUCUGUAAUUUAGACUGAAGACCAAGAAGUGUAUGUUAAUGAGAUCCAUUAAAUAAAUACUGCAAAUACUGAAA